UCAUGGUUAGAUGCUGUGUCCAACGCAUCUUUGGACGCGUUUCAAAAGAGUCUUAUCUAUGCAAGUCGUUUACGAGAUUCCGCACUUCUGACCACCAAUUCCAUUUGCAUUUGGACGCAUUGUUUGCCUGCAAUAUGCAGCGCAGAUCACACGCUGCUGGUGCCGACAUUCCAGACAAUUGUCGAUUGUGCCAACAAAAUUGGUCCAAAUGCGUUACCGGUUGAAACAUACGCCGAAGUUGCCACCGUACUUGCUCACGGUCUAAUUCAGCCGUAUCUUCCAAAGUUUGAUAUUCUUCAACUGUACAAUAGUGACUCACAAAAAGGCACAAUUGAUGCGGAAAAAUCUAUCAAUCGAAAGACGGUCAAAAGUCCCAAAACAGCUAGAAAAUCAGCAAAACCGACCGUCUUCACAGUUACGCCAGAAGCUCAAACUGUACUAAAACAAGCCAAUGACAUAAUCGCAUCGGCUGCAAAAAUUGUCGAACAAGCCGAGUGUGUGACAGACAUGGAAGUUAGCUCACCGGAAUAUGUCGUUCAACGUGCCAUGCCCCAAUUGAUUUCACUCAAAACUCGAAGUCGCCUUAUUCGCACGUGGCUCACCAUCCGACAGUUGAGUUCUACUGCACCCGUUUGCAAACCGAUUCUACCAAAUGAGGAUCGAAAUGCCGAUCAGAACAAUUCGAGAAUUGCUCAGCUGACCUAUCGUGGAUCUGCACUGAACCGCGCUCUGGUGACUGUCUACUCCAUUUGGUUGUCCAAUGAGAAUACAAUUUUGACGGAAUGGCCAAAUUUGCUGACCAAAUUAACGGGUUCUGAUCGGGUGGAUUUUUCAGUGAAAACAUCCAUUCUGCCGAUGCCUUCGUUUAAAGAUGCGCCCAGCUUGCAAGAGGCUGUGGACACGAUGAAACAGGCAUUCUUCUACGAGCUGAAGUCACUGAAAACCAACUUAUUAGAUGAGGAAGAUGAAUCAGAUAAUGUGGAUCGCGUUCCUGGGCGUGAAAUUUCCCGCCCGAGUUUGUCAGUCACUGACCGCUGUGUUGAACUGGAACUCUGGACUUGUUUGGCUCUGUACGCCAUCCACACGGAACAGUACACCAAAGUACUGAAUAUGACAAGCUUUAUCAGUUUACCUAAAGCACCCGACCCGCAAUCACUUGCUCUAAACUACUGGGUGGCACGAUUGUAUGAUUUGCGUGGCGUGGCUGUGCUCGGAUUGGCCGAACAGCUUCGAUUGCAAAAAUUUGGCUCAGAACCAUUGAGUGGAAAGAACCGUAAAACGAAAGUGAUUGUGGAUGUACAAAUUCGACCGGUUCAUACAUUGGAUAGACGAUCCGCAGUACUCGGUCAGGCCGAAGACACGGUGGAAGCGAGUCUGUUCGCGGCCGGAGAGGAAGCAUUCUACAAAGCAACUGAAUUUGCCGUGAAAACCAAGCGCUAUGAUGUGGUGCUUGAUGCAGUCAGACACUAUUGGACCGUUUGUAAUCAACCAGCUAUAGCCAUCACCCCGGACGUGAAAUCGCUAAUCAAGAACUAUCCCGUGGUUCGAGAACAUCUCACAAAUUUGAUUGAUGAACUCACUCAAAGCCUGGACCCAACCCAUCGUGCUCAGUUGAAUGAGGAAAUUCGAGCACAAACUAAGGGAGAUGUCACACCAACAGAAAAUGACAAACUGUUGUCAAAUAUAGAGCCAUCUGCGGAGCAAUCAACGGAAUCGCCAGAGGAACAGAUGGGUAAUCUGUUUGCUACAACCCGAGUCACUCGUCCAACACUAAAACAGUUCGAAGUGGAUCUCAACUUGCGCAUUCAAAUUUAUUCCAGCCUGUUUCACGUUUUUGAAAUGGAAUGUUUCAGUACAAUUAUUCUGAUAUUCGAUUUCAGACCUUUAUUCCGUCUUUUGGUCAAAACAAAAGCCAUGCUCGACAAGCCGUAUCAACUGGACAUGCAAAAGUUUUCAAAUCAGUCGGAAAAUAGACAAGCUGAGUUGUGGCGCGAGUUAGCUUAUGUCACUAUCCAACCGGUCGACCAAUUCAAUGCAUUUCGCCAGGCGAUCGACGUUCUCAAGAAUCCGAAACACCAAGCAUUGAAAGCCGAGUUGUUUCUAGAAUUCUCCCAGUGGUUGUAUAAUCAUCGAUUUGAGGCCACCACAUGUAUUGAGCUGAUUGAGCAAGCAAUUGAUUUGCUCCUUACAUACAAUCCUGCACAACUGGCUGAGAUAUCAAAUAAUUCCCAUGGACGGAACAGAUCAGAUGCUGCUUUUGUCUUUCAACGUUUAGCAAACAGAUCAGCCACCAAGAAAUCCGCUGGUAAACAGGAAAACAAAAAGCUCGAUGCCAAAUCCCGACCAAACGCAGAACCCGGAUCUGCUACUGUUCAAAGUAUUGUGGACAAUUUCGAGUUGUGUCAAAGUGUUGAUCGUUUAGAUGCACUCGUUCGCAGCUAUGUGCUCUUGGCUGAAAUGCUCCGGAACUCGGGACAGACGGAUCAGAUGGGCAGUGGCUGGUCCGAUUAUCUACAUUUGGCUGUGGUCUGUGUUCAGCAAAUUUGGCGGGUUUUACUUUCUUAUAAAUAUGCGAAUAUACAACAAAAAGCCCGUGGAAAACAAUCCGCCGAGGCCGAUAAACCGAAAACCAAUAGGGCGGGAUCAAACAAAUCGCGAACUAACAGUAUUGAAGUGUUAUAUGCGAAUCGUUAA